AUGUCUACCAGUACAUCAUCAUCAGCGGCAGCCGCGGCGGCGGCAGCAGCCGUAAUGAAAGGCCAAUCAUCACAACACACCACCACUACUACCACCACCAACAACAACAACACCAAUAACAAUAUCAACCGAUACUCGGAACUGUUGGCCAACUAUGCCUCGGGACUGGCCGACGAUAACAAAUCUGUUCAGCUAUUGUCCGGUUUUGUCGAGACGGCCAUGAAAUCGCCGCUCAGGGCAUCGCUGGAGCCAAUCUACCGGCAGCUGCAGGCCAUGUCUUUCGAUAAGUCGCCGUUUGUUAUCGCCAGCGUAGUCGGCCAGGAAUUGUUGGCCUCUGGCCACUAUGCCGACGCUGUUGUAGUACUUGAAUCGGCCCUACAAAUCGGAUCGUGUAGUCUGAAACUAAAGGGUUCGGUAUUUUCGGCACUAAGCAGCGCCUACUGGGCACUCAACAAUUUGGAUAAGGCUAUAACCUAUAUGCAACACGACCUCCAGGUGUCAAAAUCGUUGGGCGACUCACUGGGCGAGUGUCGGGCUCACGGCAACCUCGGUUCAGCCUAUUUUGCCAAAUGUCAGCACUCGGAUGCCCUACAAUCGCAUCGGUCACAACUAGUAUUGGCCAUGAAAUGUCAGCACACCCUACAGGCAGCCAUGGCCCUGACCUCACUGGGUCAUGUCUAUUCGGGUAUCGGCGACUUUGCCAAUGCCCUAUCGUCGCACAAGCACUGUCUGAAAUUGGUCCGUCAAAUUGGCGAUACGUUGGCCGAGGCCCGGGAGAUCGGUAAUGUCGGUUCCAUGUAUUUGGCUGCUGGCGAUAUUGAACGGGCACUGGAGUGUCACGUCGAACACGUCAAACUGGCCAAACUGUUGGGCAAUAAGGCCGAGGAAGCCCGAGCCUACUGUAACCUCGGGUCGGCUCAUCACUUCCGACGCAACUAUAAACAGUCGUUGCAUUUUCACGAACAAGUCUUAAGGAUAUCCCAGGAGAUCGGCGACAGGCAUAUCGAGGCCAAGGCCUACGCUGGACUGGGCCACGCCUCCAGAUGUAUGGGCAACUUUUUGCAGGCCAAACGUUGGCACGAACGGCAACUGGCUAUCGGGUUGGCCAAGAAGGACAAACAAAUUGAGGGCCAGGCGUGCAGUAAUCUGGGACUUGUCUACGAGCUGUUAGGCGAUUAUGACGGUGCCCUCAAACUACAUUGGAGUCAUCUGACAAUAUCGAAACAAUUGAACGAUUCGUCCGGUAUGGCCAAGGCCUACGAAAAUAUUGGUAACGCUGUAACCAAACUACAGGGGCUCAGGGAUCAAAACAACAGCAGUCCGACUACAUCAGAACCGGCACCGUUAGCUCAUCCGAGGCCACGGCUUAGCCGUGAAGGCGGUCCGGGAUCGACAUGCAGUUUCAGUCGACUCUAUCGUAAUUCGGCGUUUUCAGUGUAUCAGCACCGGGGAGGAGGAGGAGGCGGUAGUGGUGGCGGCAGUGCUAUCAUGAAAAAGUCUGGCCAAAACAACCGGCCGACCAAUAGCACCGGUAGUCUAUACGAAUCGAAUGGUUGUGUCGGAGGCGGCGGUAGCGGUGGCGGAACAGAGUCAAGUCCCGAGUCGGCGACCGGAGGAGGAUUGUACGGUAAAACAAAGUUUAAGCCACAGUCGACGGCAACGGUGCUCAGUGUGGACAUACCUAUGAUGGGUGGUAUGGCCUUUAAUAACGGUUCAUUCAGUGACGACGACUUUUCUGGCGGCGGCGGUGGCGGACGAAAAGCGGCGUACAGUAUGAAUGGUAGCGUCGGCGGCGGCGGUAGUAUUGGAAACGGUAGUACUAGUAGUAGCCGUAAAAACAGUGCGUUUAAUGUUGUCUACAAUCGUCGACAACAACAACAACAGUUGUCGGCCGUCGACCGAACCUCACAACAGUCAGCGGACGGAUCAUUGGGAUCUCAGACGGAUGUUAUGUCGCAAACAACGGGCGGCUCCGGUAGUCAUCGACAGCAGCAGCCAUUACAGCGAAAACUAUCGCACGAGAGUAGUGGUGGUGGUCGACGUGCCAGUAGUAGUCCCGGAGCCGUAUUAUCCGAUCAUAUAUUGACGGCAGCAUCGGGAUCUGUGUGUGGCGGCACUAGUGGUAGUACUAGUAGUCGCACUAGUAGGCCGUGUGGCAGCGCUUUUCAAAUAUACCAGAAUCGGAGUCAAAUUGUCGAAAAUCAACAGCAACUGCACCAACAAAAUCUGUACUACCAGUCGAUGAACGGUAGCACCGGUAGUAGUGGUGUUGGCAAUGGUAGUCAACAUUACGAUAGUGUUACACACGAAGUAGUAGUAAUGCCUACAACUAAUAUAGUCUAUGCCAUGAAUAAGUGCCAAUUGAAUAGUAAUACUAUUAAUAAUACUAUUGAUGAUAUCGGUAAUGUCGACACCAUUGGCUAUGGUAUAGUAGGUGCUGGCGGUGACAACAACACACAGUUGGUGGUCGAUGAUGAUGAUGUGAUUGUAAAUACAGAUAGACUAGUAGUGAGAGAUGACAUCAUCAUCAGUGAUGGUGACUAUUCAAUGGGAAAGGGAUUACAACAACCACAACAACACCAACAACCAAAACAAAAGUUUGGUAGUGGCCUAAGGAACAGUGCUUUUCAUGUUUACAGACAACCACCACAACAACAACAAUACAGAGAUAACGAUGAUGUCGUAGAGCACAUGGAUAUCAGUCAACAGCAACACCAACAGCAACAACACGACAUUGCAGUAUACAGUAAAACAACACCAAAAUCGGCUCCGGGAUCUGUUAGCGGCGGUUCGGAUCGUAUGAUGCCGAUGCCGACCAGUGCUCGUACCAGUGCUUUCUCGGUCUACCGGCGCCAACAGCAACACCAUCAUAACCCGCACCGCCAGCAGCAGUCCAACGGUGCUACCGGCGGCGAUCAUCAUACUAAUCAUCACUCGACCACCACUACUAACAGCCGGCACACUAACAGCACCGGUAGUCUAUCGUCGACAAACAAUACCGGAUCGUUGUCGUCAACUAAUUCGACGCCCAGUCCAGUAGUCUAUGCAACGGUUCGCAGCAAACUUGGCGGCGGCGGUGCCGGCGAUCAUAGCCAACACCAACAACAACAGUCCAAUAAAUCGGUAGCCGAUAUACUGACGACUACCGGUGCCGUUAAAGCAUUGAUUGCCAAAAACAAUGAGCUAUCGCUAAACGGUUUUAAACCGAAACCAAACCCUAAACCCGAUAGCCUAUGGAUUAGACAGUCAGUGCAAAGACAACUGUCCUCAUCGCACGAUAACACAAAUGAUCAAUAA